UGACGUAAGCACGCAGACCGGAAGUGGACAUGGCGCGUAUGCUAGCUGCAGCUAGCAGCAUGAUGUCCUCCUCCUGUCAGAAGCUCGGACCCGGGCUUUGGCUCGUCGUUUUUGGGCUAUUGGCGGCGGCGUCGCCUGCUUGGAGCAAACCGGACAGUUUGAAGGAGGUGACGGACGCGAACUGGGACAGAAUCCUGGCGGGAGAGUGGAUGAUUGAAUUCUACGCCCCGUGGUGUCCGGCGUGCCAGCAGCUGCAGCCGGUGUGGAAGGACUUUGCGGACUGGGGGGACGACAUGGGCGUCAAUGUGGCCAAGGUGGACGUGACGGAGCAACCAGGUCUGAGCGGCAGAUUCAUCAUAACUUCACUUCCCACCAUUUAUCAUUGUAAGGACGGCGUCUUCCGGAAGUACCAGGGCCCUCGGACUAAAGAAGACUUCCUCAGCUUCGUUGAUGACCAGAAAUGGAAAACUGUGGAGCCGAUCUCCUCGUGGUUCGGCCCGUCGUCAUUUCUGAUGAACUUGAUGUCGGCUCUGUUCAAACUCUCCAUGUUCAUACGGCGUUGCCAUAACUACAUGACGGACAGCCUGGGCAUCCCGGUGUGGGGCUCCUACGUGAUCUUCGGGCUGGUCACCCUGUUCCUGGGCCUGGCUCUGGGCCUGUUGCUCGUCUUCAUCGCAGACUUCGUCUUCCCCUCCAGACGGUUUUCUUCCGAUUAUCACCAGAAGUUUCGGAGCAUCCCGACCAUCCCUCUGCAGGACGAAGGCCAGGAAGCAGAUGGAGAGGAAGACGACGAGGACGACGAAGAUGACGAGGCCUGGAGAAGAGGGAGGGGCUCCUCUGAGGUGCGGAUGAAGCAGAUUUUCCCUGAGGAACCUGUGAGGAAGAGGGUGGUGGGAAACCGCCAGGAGGAGGUGGAAGACACUUAGAGGGCGGAGCUCCUGACCGAGGCGCCGUUCAGUGGAAGGAGUCACCCCCUCCCUACCCUUCCCCCCGCCCGCCCCCUCUCCCGCCGGAGCGCUCAGACUCUCUCCCUUCCAGGAACAGCAGGCGCUCCGGUUUUCCCUGCGGAAGCGGCCGGACGCGGCGCCGCUCUGAGUUUGCUGUUCGGUCUAUGCAUCGUUUUUUAACACGUAGUGUGGAUUUUAUUUGUGACGUUUACUCUUCCAGUCGCUCUUAUUUUGCAUUUUUGACCCAGAAGUUCCUGCAGACGUCGCUUGGAGCUGCUUUCCCUGAAGAGGCGGAGCCGUUCUCCAGCCGCUGCGGUCUCGCCAUCAUCCUUCGUGGAGGACCGGCGCCGCAGGAACUCGCCCGUUUGUUCGUCCAGAACGAAGGCGGGUUGAACGUUUUUCUCAUGAGCGCGUUGGACCUGCCGGUUCUGCCUUCAUGCUGUGAGGCAGUUAAAGCUCAAAUGUUCCCGCUCCAGAACCAUUUCCUGACCCACUCCAGAACCGUUGCUGAUCUUAGAGAACUGGACAGUAUUUGCAGAGGCGCUCAUCUUAGUCUUCAUCUUCCUUUGAAGGUCGUUUUAUUGAACUGUUUUCUUUCUAGCGUAUUUAUGGCUGCUAGCAUCCAUCCUCACUCUGCUCUGAGCCGCCUGCGUCUCUCAGCGUUCUCUAAAUAAAGAUUUACUUCUGGAAACCGGA